AUGCAGGGUGGUGAGGAAAAAUUUCGGAAAGCAUGGGCACAGAUCUGUGAGAUAAGUCGAAAGGGUUAUGAAAAAGUAUAUCAACACCUUGGAGGCCACUUAGAAGAAAAUGGUGAAAGCUUUUAUAAUCCAUACAUUCCUGGGACUCUAGAUUUGCUAAGGGAAAGGGGAUUGAUUGAAGAAAGUGAAGGAGCUCAAGUGAUCUUCAUUGAAGGAAAAAAGAUCCCUCUUAUUGUUGUGAAAAGAGAUGGAGGUUUCAACUAUGCUUCAACAGAUCUUGCAGCUUUGUGGUAUCGGCUUAAUGAGGAAAAAGCUGAGUGGAUUAUAUAUGUGACUGAUGUAGGCCAACGAGAGCACUUUGAAAUGUUCUUCACUCUAAGUCAACUUUACACAGUGUUAGUUAGUACUACACUACUAUAG